GUUGUGUCUCGUGACAUCCGGGUGAACGUCGGUUUUUAGUAAACACUGAAUUUCACAAUAUAACCUAAUUAAGGUCUGUAUUUGUUGGCUGGGAUAUUCUCAGUGAGAUUAGUUGUUUUGUUCUCCUCGGCUUUUAAAGCAGAUUAGAUUGAGCGGAAGUCGUAGCACGAGACAGGUAAACACUGAUGUGGAUAAACAAGAGAAGCCAAACCUAUUUGAUAGCUUCCGGUAUGGUGUUGUUGGUCCUGUUCAUGACGGUGCUGUACAGCAGCAGCAGCAGCAGCCAGCACCCGAGCAGCCCUAACUUCAAACCGGACUACCAGCUGCUGGGCAGACCCCUUUACAAACUGGACCUGAGCUGGCCCCGGAACCCCGAGCUCUUCACCGGACAGGUGUUCUCCGUAGCUGUCAACCAGUACACCGGUGUGGUGUAUGUGGGGCAGAGAGGCGAUAAUGUGCCGAAGGUGCUGGUGUUCUCCACAGAUGGAGAUUUCCUCAUGUCUUGGAACACAACCAGUCUGGAGAUGCCUCAUGGGAUGUUUGUAGGAGACGCAGCAUCAGACAGUCCCAGCGUGUGGAUCACAGAUGUGGGCAACGGUCCUUAUGGUCACUGUAUCAAACAGUACUCAUCAUCAGGGAAGCUGCUGCAGGUGCUUGGUACCCCAGGGAAAGCCGGUUCCGGGUUGGACCCUCUGCAGUUUGACCAGCCAGCUGAGGUCUUUGUCCAUGACUCGGGGGAGCUGUACAUUGUGGACGGUGAUGGUGGCAUGAACAACCGCCUCAUCAAGCUCUCCAAAGAACACCAAGUGUUAUGGAUGCAUGCAGAGAAAGGACAAGGCCUGGCUCAGUUCUACAUCCCCCACAGUGUGACAGUAGAUACCGCCCAGAGGGUGUGGGUGGCUGACAGGGGCAACAAACGGAUCCAGGUCUUCAACUCCAUCACAGGGGACUGGCUGGGCACAUGGGGGAGCUGCUUCACAGAGGACGCCCCCUAUUCAGUUCGCCUCACUCCAGACAAGAAAUACUUUGUUGUCGUCCAGCUAAACACCAAUCAGAUUUCUUUGCUGGAUGCACCACCUGUAGGCCUGAUUGGUCAGUGCAACGUGAUCAGUGUGAUCCAGCUGUCUGAGGAUGUGAAGCCACACCUGGUGGACCUGGAUCUGACAACUGGAGCUCUGUAUGUGGCUGAGAUCGGAGCUCAGCAGGCUCAGAAGUUCAUCCCCUUCAGUCUGGGUGGAAGUUUGCAUUAAAGUCCUGCUGGGGCUUAAACUGAAAUAUUUAAACAUCACAGUUGCUCAGAAACAAUGAGUCUGCCAGUCUGAUCUUAUCCCAUCUGUGGACAAUAUUGUUUUUGCAAGUGUCUUUGUGUGUUUGUGAGUAAACCCCGUCUGUUGACAAAA